AAUGGGUUCCGGUUGUGUGCAGCUUUGGCAGCAGCUCCGGUUUUACCUCUUUGCUUUCUUUAUUCCACCCUGCCUCCCCGUUUCUUUCUCCGUUUAAUACGCCUUUAGCCUGCCGUGUGCGUGUAUUUAUUUAUUUAUGCAUCCCGUUUGAAAGUGUUUAGUUUGUUUUAAUUUCUGUUUCAAACAUUUUUUCCCCUCUUAGUCGUUCCUCAAAUGAGAAGACGUAAAAGAUGGAGCUUCACAUUUUAGAGCACAGCUUGAAAGUGGCGAGUAUAGAGAAAGAGGGGAUCCAGAUUUGCACUCACGGAUUAAUAAAACUCGCCUUCCUGGCCUCCAAAACAAGAUGCAAGUUUUUCAGUUUGACGGAGACUCCGGAGGACUAUACCAUUAUCGUUGAUGAGGAAGGCUUUAAAGAGCUGCCUCAGUCGGAGCACAUCAGUGUUGCCGACGCCACAUGGUUGGCCCUGAACGUGGUGUCGGGUGGCGGCAACGCUUCCAGCUCGCAGCCCAUCGGAGUCACCAAAAUCGCUAAAUCAGUCAUCGCACCGCUGGCCGACCACAACAUCUCUGUUUUCAUGCUGUCGACGUAUCAGACAGACUUCAUCCUGGUUCGAGAGCGAGACCUGCCCAUGGUCAUGCACACGCUGUCUUCCGAAUUCACUUUGCUUCGAGUGGUCAACGGAGAGACUGUUGCUGCUCACAAUCUGGGAGUCACCAACGGCUUCGUAAAGCCAAAACUCGUGCCCCGUCCCAUCAUUCACCCCUUAUCUAGUCCCAGCAACAUGUUCUGUGUAACCAGCCUGGACCCAGACACUCUGCCCUCUGUAGCCACCCUGCUCAUGGACGUCAUGUUUUACUCUGGAGGGCAAAAAGAGCCUGGAGCGUCCAGCGAAGACUCCAGCCACAUCCGCUUCUUCUCCUUCUCCCUGAUCGAGGGCUACAUCUCCCUGGUCAUGGACGAACAGACAACUCAAAGGUUUCCAAACAAUGUCCUCUUCACCAGUGCUUCUGGAGAGCUUUGGAAAAUGGUUCGAAUCGGCGGACAGCCUUUAGGAUUUGAUGAGUGUGGCAUCGUGGCUCAGAUAUCAGAACCCCUGGCAACAGCUGACAUUCCAGCUUACUACAUUAGUACCUUCAAGUUCGACCACGCCCUGGUUCCUGAAGAAAACAUCCAGAGUGUGAUCGGCGCUCUGCGGACCGAGAGCACGGCACAGUGAAGGAAGCUGGAGGAAAAACAAAAAGCGUGACAACGACCAUUUUCAAAGUCAUUUCGUUCAAACGUUUAUCAUGUCCAAAAAGUGCCAAGAGCUCGUUAUAGCGGCCUGCUGUGGAUCAGCUCUGAGAAAGGAAGGAGGGAGGAGUGUGUUAGGGAUGCCUUUGUUACUUGGUCAUUUUGUUCAGCCUCGCCCCUCUCUCCUCUCUCGGCUGCCUGCUCUGGUAGUUUUUCGCUUUCGUUUACCAAACUCUCUUUUUCCUCUCUAAAGCUGCUUCUUCCCACUCCCCGACCCUCACGAGCACCAUACUGUAUUAGUUACAUAAUUCCUCUCAUGGAAGGAUGACGAAUGUACUCUCAAAAAACGAAAGAAAUAUUAUAUAUAUUUAUCAAGCUACUCCAUUUUCUUUCUUUCUUUUUUUUUUUUUGGAUGUUUCUCUACAGGUCAUUUUUCUCAGUGCCAAGAUGUUUGAAUGCCUAAACCGAUGCCUUUGUCAAAAUACUACAAAUGUGUGCAAUUGAAGGAGACAAUUUUGGAGACAGCCAGCGACGAGUGGCUGGUUUGAGUAAUACGGUGUGUCAUUUUUCUUUUCUUUCUUUUUUUUUUUUUUUUUUUUUUUUUUGCUUUUAGAAGCUGUUAAACUUGUUUUAAUUGCAUCUGAUUGUUGGAGUCCCUCAGACUUAGAAGUUCAAAUCAAACGCUUGGUCUGGUGAAACAUGAAGAAUCCAAGAUCUACUUUAUUUAGUGCUUUGAUGAGGUUUAUGCAUUUACAUUGUGAGCAACCUGAUCGACAGGUCAAUCAGAAACGGCAUUUUAUUGAUCGAGUUGUGGAACGCCAAAGAUUAACCAGAAAGGCACUAUUUAUGUAGCAUUAAUAACUGACUUCACUCUGGGGAGCCGAGUUGACAAAUUGAAUAUUUAAUCGAGACGAAAUUAAUUAUAUUGAUAUGCUUUUAAAGUAAAUGAAACAUUUAAGUGUUGCUGCUUGAAAUGGAAAUACAUGGCUGAGUUUCAUACUGCAAAUUGAAUCGAUGCACUGAAAAGAUCGGCGAGAAAUCUGGUGCAAACAUUUGUGGUAAUUUUUUACCUAGCGCCACCAUCAGGUCAAAAAUUUAACUGUUUGCACUAGAAACCAAAUUUUGUAAGAUUUGCACAUCAGCUGCCCUUUUCAGCACACGAGCAUAGCAACACGGCUAAACUUUAGCGUGUUAGCAUGACAGCUACUAAACGUACCAAAUUUACUUUUUACCAAUUUUCCAGUUUUAUAUCCUUAAACAUUUGUUUACCAUCCUUACAGACACAUAAAUGUGGACUUUUUAUCUUUCUUCACAUUACAUGGAUUAGUCUAAAAAUAUAGAAAAAUGCUCUUUGAAAAUUCCCCAAAAAUUCUGCUAAAAACGUACCAUUUAGUCAGAAUUGUUGAUUUGUUGAGUAUUUAUCAGGGUAAUUUUUAAAAAGUAAUUGGUUUAACUUGGUAUUUUAAAUGGGCAAUGCAUUGAAAGCCUACAUUGAUCUAAUGAAUGAUCAAAACAACCAAAAACUUGACUAUUAUCAUAUCAAAACAUUAAUAUCAUGAAUGUCAUUGAAACAAAGAUCAAUAAUAGAUAGAACAUGAAAUGUUGUUUGGAAAAAAGGAUCCAAUCUAUUUCAUCAUCCUUCAAUUCCAAUGGGUUUAUCUGUAGAUUAACUGAUAAAAUAACUCAAAGUUGUAGCCCUACCUUCCAGAUUGAUGUAAGAAACUUUAGGAUUCAACUCUCAGUGAUUCUGAAGAAGAUCCAACAUUAGUUAGUUUUCGGUUAGCAGAGAUUAAGAAGAGAUGAUUGAUGUAUACGUUUGUCUGUGCAUUUAGCUAGAGAUGCUUAGCUUAGCUUGGCACAAAGAGGGAAACGGCUAGCAUGGUUCUGUCUGUAGUUCAAAUAUGUACCUACCAACGCUGUCAAACAUUACUAAUUAACACACUUUGUUUAAUCUGGGCACAAACCAAAUUGUAAAAAAACACUCUGUUGUUUUUUUGGGGGGAAAUUUUUCUAAAUAUUUCUCAGUUCUUGCACCGAAUGGUUCCCACACUGCAGACGGACAGUUCUGUCUGAUCUGAACACUCACACCGACGUUCUUUUUCUCCUCGCCUUUGACGACUCGAUGAUCACGUUGCUCACAGUGUGAAUCCGCCGUGACACCUGAUGAAAAAUGCAAUGAUGUAAACGUUUGCAUCGACGGUAGUAAUAAAGUACUGAGCCACUUUGACAAUGUGCUACAAUAACGACAGUGCAAGUUGCUAAACAUAAGCUACGGUUGACGCAGGGCGAGGCAGGAUUCCCUCUGAGCCCGGUGCCCAUUUAGGUCCUGAAGCUGCCCCCUCUCCUGCUCAAGUCUGCACUUUAAUGCAGGUUUCAGCCCACAGACCUGCUGUACUGAUGUGAAACCAGAGAGGGCUAUUUACUGUAGAAAGAUCCUGUCCCGACUGAGACGUUUUUGUUGGUCUUAAGCAUUGGUGAUACUGUUUUUUUUUUUCUUUCUUUCUUUUUCACCUUGCUCCAAUCGCCGACCCCUCUUCUGAUCACAUUUGAUUCAUAGAAAAUCCUGAAUUCAUCAGUGUUAAAACACGAGAAAGGUGGCACCUCUUUCUGAUUCCAUUUCAAAGAGGAAAAAGCUUUUCAUUUGGAGCUUUCUUGUGUGGGGGAGAGAAAAAAAACAAGCUGUUGUUUUUUGAGCUUGUUGUGUUUUCAGUUUUCACCAAUGUGUCGUUUUUACUGUCUUUACUUACCAAUGGGGAUUGUCUUCACACUGUUAUUUGCUCCCAAUGUGUACUUUAAUCAAUAAAGUGGUGACAUCUCUGCCCAG